ACGUCAUUUAUUGUCAUUUUUGAUAACGUAAACAUAACCUUCAAUAUCUCUCCUCGAAUACAAAUGAUAAAGGAUAAAUUGAGAAAGAUGAAUUUGAUAUUAUUGGAAACUGGUUUGAAACACUAGUCAAUAAGCAGGAACAAUUAAUGAAAAAUGUUUACUUUUAUACUGGAUAAAAGAAUAUGUUUCGCCCACUUCUCAGAGGAAUAGUUUGCUACCAGAUAUAUAUUCAAUAUGGAUUUUAAAAGUUGGGGGUGGAUUGGCCUAUUUGCUGUUCUAUUAAUUUCUUCUUUAGGUUUUUACUGGAUAUUUGUGAUAUUUUUAAGUCUACUUCUAUUCUUAAUAGGCUUCUUUUCUUAUAUGAAUGCAAAACUUGGGGAUGUGGAUGAAUUUGAGAAUAGAUUUUAUGGAAAUCCCUUGAUAAUGGAAAGUUUUGAAGGUGGUAUUAGUCAGUUCACGAAAAAGUUAGAUGAUUACAAGUACGUGUCAAAAAAUGAUACCAGAGUAACUGGCAGUGAUGUAAUCGAUAGUUCCUUACAAGAAAUUUUGGGUUACAUUAUCAGAGAUUAUAUUUCUCCAUGGUACAAUGUCAUCUCUGAUGAUAAAGAAUUUUCUGAAGUAACAAUCAGGAAAACAGCCCAAACUUUUGCAAUUAAUAUCUCCAACAGGAUUAAAGACAUAGAUUGGAUUCCUUACCUGACUACGCAACUAGUAGAUGAAGCAGCUUCUCAUUUGAGAUUAUUCAAGCAAGCAAGAGCAAAAAUGAAGCUGAUCGCAAUCCCUAAAACCGCACGAAAUUCACCAAUGAGGGAUUUGAAAAAUUCUCCCAAGAAAUCUCUUCACAAAAGAAAUAAAAGUGAAACAGACGUAAACUGGUAUCAUAAGCGAGCAAAUGAAAUGAAAAGAGAGCAAGAAAAAGCAGUAGGAAAUUCCAAAUUUUACGGAGACGAUAAAAAGAGAGGUAUGACGUUAGAAGACAUUUUUUUUGAUUUGGAACUUGUCAUGGAAGGCAAUCUGUUGUGUAGAGAUGGAGUUUGUGUUGAUCCAGAUCAGGAAAAAGAAUAUUUCUCUGAACUAACUCAAAUAUUACUGUACAUACUUUUACCAGAUGAAGACUUUCAAUGUAAACCGCUUUGCAUCCUAAUGAGGGAAGUAAUAUGUAACGUUGUGAUUUUACCUUUAUUUAAGAUGUUGUCUGAUCCUGAUUAUAUAAACAGAAUUAUUAUGUGGCUGUGCUUGGGUGAAUCAUCUCUACCUAGCGAAAUUUUUUUGAAUGUAUUAAGAAUUACUGAUAACUGUGAUGAACUUAGGAGUACCAAAGAAAUAGUUUUGGAGGAGAUUCAUAUACUGAGGUCUAGAGAUUCUGGUGGAGAUAAUGAAACAAAACAGACAUUGAGCAGCUUGUUAUAUGUAUUGAAAUUAAUUGAUAGUCGAAUUACCAAACUUGAUAACAUGGAUUCUAGAGAUUCUUUUGGUUUGGAAUACAUACAACAAGAUAACGCAAGAACGAUUGAUCUAACUUUGGAACAAAUUUUAAAGAAUAAUGUAGCUCUUUCUUACUAUAUGGAUUACAUAACUAGUCAAAAUAAGCAAAUCGAUUUAUUUUUUUACUUAAAUAUUGAAGGCUGGAAAGUGUCAGUCGAGCAGCAGUUGUCCGAUAUCCACAUUAACAAAAUGAAAGGCAUCACAGAAAAUAUCCAGUCGGUGUACAACACAAUCCGCACAACAGCUCACAGUAUUUUCGAUCAAUAUUUGGGAGAGAAGGCAGAGCAGCGUGUUCAAAUAAAGCCAGCUUUGGUGCAAUCCUUACAUUUCAAAAUAAGGAAUCUGAGCGAAGUUCCUAGCGAUCUUUGGUUUGAUGAGGUUCAACAGUAUAUUUACGAUAAAAUGGAGCAUAACCCUGAGUACUUACCUGCGUUCAAAAAGAGCAAAAUUUACAUCAAGCUUCUCCAAGAAUUAGAUCUUAUACAGCAAACUCCAAACGAGUACGAUAACAUGAGUUUGAACAGCGAUGAAAAUUUGGAAAUAACGAUAACCGAAGCUAAAACCGAAAAUUUCGAUUUCCUAUUGAAAAAACCACAGGAAGAUGAGGCCUAUCUCUGCAUAUCUGACAGUUAUCAGAAGAACCAACGUCACAUGAGGUCUUUCAGCGAUGUAGAAGUUGUCUACGACGAACAGACAGAACCCAAGGCAAACGAGAAAAAUUCUGUUGACGAAAGUCCUUUGGGGGAGAAGAAUUUGAGAACGGAAAACUUUAUAUUGGCUGUGAAAAUCAUCGAAACGGGUAUUGUAAGCGAAAAAGGAAAAAUGUUUGGUAUAUAUGCGAUUCAAGUUAGUAGACAGCAUGAAACAGGGUUUUUAGAAGAAUGGCAUAUAUAUAGAAGAUACAGUGAUUUUCACGAUUUAUACACCAAGGUCAAAGAAAAGUAUCCAGACCUAUCGAAGCUUACCUUUCCGGGCAAGAAAACAUUCCACAACAUGGACAGGGCAGUAUUAGAGAAACGAAUGAAAAUGUUAGGCAACUACAUGAACGAGGUGUGCAAUCCCGCAGUAAUAUCGACACAUCAAGGGCUGAAACAAUUGCUAAUGACAUUCUUGGAACAGGGCGAGUAUGACAGAGCUACCGGAGGCCCCAUCUCAACAACUAUCAAUAACCUGGUGAACCCGAUCAAAUCUGGGAUGAAAUCGAUCAAAAAUAUGCCUGAGCAACUGAUCAAUACGGUUGACGAGGUGGUUGGGGGUAUUACUAAGGCGUUUCAUAAUAAGCAAAGCCGAUCUACUGAGUCUAGCAAGGUUGGAGCCAGUAUCGAAGAGACUGAUGAUAAUAUACCCCUCAGAAUAUUUUUACUGCUCAUGGAUGAAGUGUUUGAUCUCAAAUCCAGAAACCAAUGGUUACGAAGAAGAAUCAUCACGUUAGUGAGACAAUUCAUUAGGACGAUGUUUGGUGAUAUUGUCAAUAGAAAAAUUCUGGAUUAUGUGUCUGUGAUGACUAGUCCUAAAAAUGUGGCACACUACCUUUUUGUAUUCAAACAAUCUAUUUGGCCAAAUGGAAAUAAAUAUGAGAAAAGACCAGAAAGAGACGAGCACACAAAAAAUAGGACGAGAAUAGCUGCAAAAGGUGCUUUAUUAUCAUGUUUAUCAGAUGAACUGAAGCACAUUGUGGGUUCGGAAACGACAAGAAGAGGUUUAAUAACGGUUUUUGAACUAUUUCAGAACCCAACAUUGAAUAGAAGGCUAUUGUUUGUCCUUUUUGAAAGUAUAUUGAUCACUUUAUUUCCAGAAAAAGAUAUGAACAAGAUUAUAUCAACUCUUCAUUCGAGAUCAAAAAGAUAUCAAUGUCAUUUGAAAAACAAGAAAUAUGUGUAGAACCAAAGUGCCAUUUAUUUUUAAUUCAAAAAAUCGAUACCUUCUCAUUUAUUUUUCACGUCUAUAGUGAUAUAUAAAAAAUGUCCUGAGCACCAAUUUAAUGUAAAUGUUAGAAAGCUUCGAGCAUUCCAUAGUUAUUUGUUUUGUUUAAAAUUUUCUAUGUAUUCAAAAAUAUAAAUUUGAUCUUAUAAAAA